GGGCGGCAGCGCACAAUAUUUGCCGCAUUGAUUGGGACCCUUUUUAUUAUUUGAAAUCCGCAACAAAACGAUGGUUGCCGAGCGGGAUUCUCCGGUGAUGUCCGAGAGUGAUGAGCCCGAGGAUUCCGCAGCGCACCGGAAGCUGUUGGACGGAAUUUUCAGCACCGUCCGGUCGCAACACGUUGGUAAAGCAGUUAGAACCGAGCCGGCUAUUAAACGUACCGAAUUUAGCCUGGUGAAAAGCUCGUUUGGGACGGAGCAGGAUGAAGACCAACAGCCGAAGGGAACAACGGGUGCCGUCAAGUUGGACGAUUUGUUGGGAAUUUUGAAGAAGACUAACCGGCACACGGAAGUAGAAAAAGAGCUACGUCAAGUCACCAAGAAGCAAAAAAUCUUAAGGAAACCGCUGGAAAAACCAGUAGCCGAUCGUAUUCAACGGGAAACGCUCUACGGCAAUGCACAGAAAAAGUUGGACAAAUGGGAACCCAUCAUUACGGCCAGCGAGGUAGCUCCGCAGACAGUUUUUCCACUGCAGUACAGUCGUGUCGGUUUGGCCAAUGAAGCCCGGAAGUUGUCCCAAUAUCGGGUUAAAUCCGACCUAAUGAAGGCUAUGGAAGAGCUAGAUAAGAAGUAUCAACAGGAGGACUCUGGUGACGAGGCAGAAGAGGACAAGUACACUUUAACUCUGGAAGAAAUGCGUGAAAAGCGCAAGGAAGCUGCUAAACAGAAGAUUCGUGAAUCGUAUCAAAUCGCCAGCAGAAGGAAAAAUAAAAUAAAAAGUAAGAAGUUUCACAAGCUUAUAAAGCGGGAGAAAAUACGUGCCCAGAUUAAACAGUUUGAGGAGCUCCAGAAAACCGAUCCGGAAGCGGCUUUGAAACAGUUGGAACUGAUAGAAAAGCAAAGAUUCCAGGAAAGGGCCACUUUGCGUCAUAAAAAUACCGGUGCUUGGGCAAAGAACAUGCAGAUCAGAGCCAUGUACGAUAUGGAUGUACGCAAGGAGCUAUCCGAACAGCUUUCUAUUGGUCGGGAGUUGAUGGCCAAACGAGUUGGAUCCUUGGAAGAUGACGAAGAGUCAUCCGAAGCCGGUGAGGAGGGAAUGGAAUUAGAGGAGCAGACAGUCGAUGGUAAUCCGUGGGUUCAGAAACCGGGAAAGCAUGAAGAGGAAGCUAAUCUGGAGUAUUCCAGUGGUUAUCGGAAGUACUGGGAACAGCGGAAUCAAGUAACGAAGGAACGUGAGAAGUUGGCUCAAUCAAAUGGGGACGAGAGCGAUGGGGAGAAUGAUGUGGAAGAUGAAAAUGGUGAGGAAUCAGAAGAAGGAUCAGAAGAGGACGAACAGUUGGAGGUUUUCAAAAAGAAGAUUCGAAAAACCAAAGCGAUUUCCACUACCUCUUGGCAGGAGGAAGACGCAGACGAUUCAAAUAGCGGCCCAGUAACCGCGAAAAAGAAAGCUUCAAUCGUCGGUAAAAAGAAACGUAAAGCAUCGUCAAAAUCUAAGGAACUUUACUUGGAGGAGAUGUUCGACGAUGCCGAAGAUCGGCUGCAGGAACAGGUCAAGCAAAAGCUUUCCAAAAUCAGACGCGAAGCAGAACCCGUUAAGAAAAAGAAAAAGAAAGCUGGCAAAGAUAAAAAGAAGGAAACGUCGAAUGGGUUGGAUUUCAAGAAGAAAGCCUCGAUGGCCGAUGCAGAUGUGGAACUGGAUGAGGGCGGUGGUGAUCAGAAUGCGAAUAAACUGAACAUUCCUAGUGUUCCAAUAGAUGUUCCGUUUGAGAAAAACCAGCAACCUAAAGAAACUGCCAUCGACCCGAAUCAGUUUGUUCAGAUGAAACCGAAACAUUUACUGAAUGCCUUGCCUGAUAUGACCACCGGAGGUGAUCUUUCGGAUGACGAAGAUCCCGAACAUAGUCGGAGACUUACAAUUGCCGAGGCCUUCGCAGAUGAAGACAUCGUUGCCGACUUCGAAAAGGAAAAAGAAGACGAACGGGAACGCAAUAAACCGAAAGAAGUAGACCUUAAAUUACCGGGUUGGGGCUCAUGGGGUGGUUCCGGAAUUAGGCAGCGGAAAACCCCUCAUCCACGUAGGAAAAUGUUCAAAGCUCCUCCGGUACUUCCUCGGAGAGAUGAUAAUAAGGGUCGAGUAAUCAUCAAUGAAGAUGCCGUUAAUAAAAAGCUUGGAGAACAUUUGGUCAACGAGCUUCCGUUCCCAUUUGUGACGGUGAAGGAUUACGAAGCAUCCCUCAGGGCACCACUGGGCAGAACUUUCGUACCGGAGACGGCUCAUUCUACUUUGGUUGAGCCUAGGGUUGUCACUAAAAUUGGCGCCGUUAUCGAACCUAUGAAGAAAGACAUUCUUAUGAAGGAUACUGACAAAGUUUUCAAAGUAGGUGGCAAAAUGUACAACGGUGCGGUGAAAAAAUAUGAGCAGUUUCUUAAAACAAAGGGUACAGUUUGAUUUAACGUUUAUAGAAUUUUAUAAAUUGUUUAAAUGUAAAAAAAUAAACAGUUUUUUAUUUGUCGUCAGAAAUUUCACUCAUUUUUACUCUAAAUUUAAAAUUAUCGUACCUAUAUCAACUUUUGUAGUAAAGAGUUUCUUUUUUCACUUUUGAUAAAAAUCUCUAAAAUACAUGUGCUGGUAGUGCUGCUUAAUCUUUCCACUUUACACAAAUAAAUCCGAACCCAGAAUCAAUCAUAAAUGCGGCUCGGCCCUUAUCAGCAUCGAUAAUGAAGAUAUGCAUGUUCCCCACACAGUGGAUGAUAAAAUAAAAGUGAAACAGGCCAACCCGCCAAGAUUCUUGUAGCCGCAGGCCGUAGCCGGAUUUGCACACCCGUUUCAUGUGUUCAGCAUAUCAGUCAGUCAGUCAUUUAGUGAGCUGCCAACGAAUGCAAUUGUGGUGUGAACAGAAUCGAAGCUCGCGUUUACCAUGGACUGGUUUUAAAUGUAGUCUGUACUACGAUACGAUACCUAUCGAGUGGUGACUGACGUUGCGCGUGACGGACGACGAUCGAUUGCUGACUCCAGUGAUUUGUGGAUUACCUGAUUCAAGUGGGAACUUGAGAGCUGAGAUCGAGAAUCGUUCGUUUCCGGUCGAUUUGGAUUGGUGAAGUCUAGUUGCCCCGGAUCUAGUAGGACGCGGAAACAAUGGGGUGUUGCUGCAGUAGCUCUGAUUCCCAGGACAUCACACCGGUUCCCCCGAGGCCAGGUCCCCCGGAGGAGGCUCCACCUGCUGCCACCCCGUAUGGAUUACCAGACGAUGCCGGCGCUAACGAUUUCAACCAGAAUGGAUGAUGAUAGCCGGGGAAUGUGAAACAUAACAAAAAAAAAAAAAAAAACGAAACGAAAGCGGUUGAAUUAAUUUAUGUUACUUUUUUCGGGUUGGUGAAUUAUGCGGCGUUUCUCUGUUCCCUUGAAAUACGAUAUCUUUAAGAUGGUGGAAUGUUGAUGAC